AUAUGUAUAUAUAUAUAUAUGUUGUAAAGCAUUGAAGUCAUUACAUUUCAAACUGUUAAUUAGGUUAGGAUGAUGCAAGUUUUGUAUGCGAAGACUAAUUAUUUAUACAUGAGGUUUACUUCUUUUUUUACAUAUGGUUUAUAGUUAAAAUAGAUAAAUUACUUUUACGGUAAACAGUUCAAAUAUUAUCACAUCAAACUGUUUCUUACAACAUGAUAUUAAAGAUUGAGUAGAAGCGUCGGAGAUCGGAGAUAACAGAAAAUUUAGACAACGUCACAAUGUGAACGCUCUUUCUACACUGAUAUAUACAUGCAACGAUUUCCUCGUGUCUUUUCGGAUAUUGAACGUGAAUCAUUCAAGAGUUUAAUGAUAGUUAAUGUGAACAGUAUUUUAUAUUAUUUGAUUAAAUUAAGAGAAAUAUAUUAACAUUAAUACUAAAUAUCCUAUACGCGAAUAUAUUGAAAAAGUUAUGUAUGUGGAAACAAGUAAAAAUUUGCAACAGAAUUCUAGACACGUGAUAUUUAUUUGACAAUCUUUCUUUGUAUAUUUGUGUAAACAUUUCUUUGAAAAUAAUUGUACACAGAAUUUUUGUAUCGAAAUAUUUUUGAGCAAAGCUUUUCAUAAAGAGUUUCUGGAGAUUAAAAAUGGCAAAAAGGUUACAACCAUCUUGGAUGCCACCAGAAAGAAAAAGCAGCUCGGUUCUUAAGUUAUACAAUAGCUUAACUAGGGAGAAAGAAAUAUUUGUCCCUCAAUUUGGAAAUCAUAUAUUAUGGUACAGUUGUGGACCUACUGUUUACGACGCAUCACAUAUGGGACAUGCUAGAUCAUAUAUAUCUUUCGAUAUAUUAAGGCGUGUCUUAUCUGAUUAUUUUGGGUAUGAUAUUUUAUAUGUGAUGAAUAUUACUGAUAUAGAUGAUAAAAUUAUAAAGAGAGCUAGACAAAAUUAUUUAUAUGAGAAAUAUAUAGAAGAGAAUCAUACUCUUGAUGAAAUCCUGGAUGAUGCAAAAUAUGUAAUGUGUAUUUUUGAAGAUACAGUGAAGAAUACGAAUGAUACAGAUAAAAAAUGUAUGCUAGAGGCAUUAUUGUGCAAUGUGGAAAAAGCUAUUGAAAAUUUGGAAAAAGUAGUGAAGCUUAAGGAUGAAGAAAAAAUGAAAGAAUAUCAAGAAUUAUUAUUAAAAGAAGCACGAGAUCCUUUGGCAGAAUGGUUGGAUAAAACGAAAGGAGCUACAGUUACAGAACAUUCUAUUUUUACCAAAUUAUCACAACAUUGGGAAAUGGAAUUUCACAAAGAUAUGGAUUCUUUAAAUAUAUUAAGGCCAAAUGUUUUAACAAGAGUUAGUGAAUACAUACCUGAAAUUAUAACAUUUAUUGAAAAAAUUAUAGAAAAUGGAAUUGCAUAUGAAAGUAAUGGUUCUGUAUAUUUUGAUGUUGCUUGCUUUGAUAAGCAGGAUAAACAUUAUUAUGCUAAACUCGUCCCAGAAGCAUAUGGCGAUACAUCGAGUUUGCAAGAAGGAGAAGGAGAUUUAAGUAGUUCAAAGGUAUCCGAAAAAAGAUCACCAACUGAUUUUGCACUUUGGAAGUGUUCAAAGGAAGGAGAACCUUGGUGGGAAAGCCCUUGGGGUAAAGGACGACCAGGUUGGCAUAUAGAGUGUUCAGUUAUGGCAUCUAUAAUUUGUGGAGAAAGUUUAGAUAUUCAUACUGGAGGCAUAGAUUUGAAGUUUCCCCAUCAUGAUAAUGAAAUGGCACAAGCAGAAGCAUACUAUAAUAAUUCUAAUUGGGUUAAAUAUUUUCUUCAUUCUGGUCAUUUGACCAUAGCAGGAUGCAAAAUGUCAAAAUCACUAAAAAAUUUCAUUACUAUACAAGAUGCAUUAAAAAAGCACUCAGCAAGACAACUUAGGCUUGCAUUUCUUUUGCAUUCAUGGAAAGAUACAUUAGAUUACAGUGAUGAUACUAUGCAUAUGGCCAUUCAAUAUGAAAAGUUUUUAAAUGAAUUCUUUUUAAACGUAAAAUGUAAAAUUAGAUCUUUGGGUUCAGAGACAAAUAUUAAUACUUUUACUAAAUGGACUAAAUCUGAAGUGGAAUUAAAUGAAAAGUUUUAUCAUGCCAGGGACUUAGUACAUAACGCAUUAUGUGACAAUAUUGAUACAAGGAGUGCGCUUGAUGCCAUUAGGGAUCUUGUGACGCAUUGCAAUAUUUACAUGAAAGAAAUAAAACAACCAAAUACACUAUUACUUAGAGAUGUUGCAGUUUAUAUUACAAAAAUGUUUAUUAUAUUUGGGGUUAUAUCAUCACAUGAUAGUAUUGGUUUUCCAGUUGACAGCAAUACCGCGAAUUUAAAUGUUGAAGAAGUCGUUAUGCCCUACCUUGAAAUUUUGGCAAAUUUCCGUGAGAAAGUAAGAAAUCAUGCUAAAGCUUUGAAAGCUAGUAGUAUUCUUGAGGAAUGUGAUACAUUACGUGACGAUAUUUUACCAAAUAUUGGAGUUCGUUUGGAAGAUAGUAAUGAAGAAGUUUGUAAAAUUAAAUUAGUAAAUAAAGAAGAACUAUUAAAAGAGAAGAUUCAUAAGAAGCAAAUGGAGUUGGAAAGGACGUUGGAGAAGGAAAAAAGAAAAGCGGAAGCUGCAGCAAAGGAAGCGCUGAGAAAAAUUCCUCCUUCGGAGAUGUUUAAGCUAGAAAAAGAUAAAUAUUCUCAAUUCGAUAGCAAUGGUGUACCGACACAUUAUAUUGAUGGUACAGAAAUCAGUAAAGGACAGAUGAAGAAGUUGCUGAAAUUGCAGCAAGCCCAAGAGAAGAGAUACAACGAAUAUCUUGCUUCUACCAAUGAUGCUUAACACCUUUUGUCCGCAUAGAAUUAAUCUUGUAUACUGGAAAGUUGAUUAUUCAUGAAAGAUAUUGGUUUCACCUUUUUAAUAUAUUUAUUUCAACAUUACUUUUUUUAUCAUUGCAUUUAUGAAUGUAUUACGUUUAUGAACGUAUUUAUGCUUACAUAAUAUUUAUGUUUAUGUUUGUACGGUACUUAAUUGAAGAAAUUAAUUUUAUUUUGGCACAUGUUUCCAAUAUUUUACAGGUUGCUUAUUUAUCGUUAUACGCAUACUUUCAAUAUCAGUCAUACUAUUGUAUCAAAUCAACAUUUAAAUAUUAUAUAUGAUAUGUUGUAUUGAAUAAAAAUUUGUUAAAUAAA